UACCGCUGGCUAGUGAGUACACGGUGCGUUGGGCUACAGCGCGCGUUGUGUGUGUGUGCAGUGUGCGUGUACGUGUGUGCAGCAGAGAAGCCGCCCCCCCGGGGAACACGGUACCCGGUGUGUGUGUGUGCGUGAUUGUAUUUGCGUGUGUUAAAUUAUCAGAAACGACCGCAAAAACAUAGGAAAACGAGUGCAUAACAAACGCGCGAAAUUGUUAGAAAACAUAAAAAAAAACAACAACAAACCUGGCGCAAAAAAGUACACGAAAUCGCGGUGUGGUGUUUACCUUUGCUUGAGCAGACGAAUUGGGGGAUGCUUUGCGUGUGUCCUGUAUGCGUGUGUGUGUGUAUGCGCCCCCAACCCUUAAUCGUAUAACCGUGAGACCUGCACGUUGUUUUUUGGGGCAACUAAUCGGAAAUAUCAAUCGUCGUCAGUCAACACAACAACCACAGCAACAACAACAAUUGCUCAUCAACCCACCCCUGCGAUCAUCUUCACGGCAGCGAACGUCACAACGACCCGCAUGGGAGAAGCCACCUGGAUCAGUAGAGCAAGCAAGUAGACAGCGGUACCUGGUGUCAAUUAUCUCGGUACCUUGCAAAAGAAAAUAGUGCGCGCACAACCCACCUUACGAUCUCUCAGGAAAGAAAUAGUGAAAGAGUACCUUUAGUAGACACUGUUAAGACAGCGAAUAGAAACACUUGGCCGUAAAGGGUACAGACACCUGUAGGACCUACGGCGUGGAGUCGAGUGAACGAGCCAAAGGAUCUACCACUCCUCGACCGAGACCGGUCGGGGACUGUCGGCGCAGACGGCGAUACCCUUCACUGUGCCUUAAACUGUGCGUGUGUGGUGAGUGCCCACCGGCGGCUGGCGAUCGACACCCGCACAUACACACACCUGACCCAUAUACAGUACAAAUCCACCCCGAAGGAAGAUAGCAAGGAAACCCCCUCAAGACCGCUGAAUGAAUCGGACGCACUCGGCCACUGGGAGAGCCGACGCAACUUUUCGGUCAUCGCACUAGAGAAUGCCGCUACUACUACUAUUACUACUACUACUACUACUGGCAGCAGCAUCCUGUACGUCUAGCUAGGAAGUGUCUGUGUGUGCGGUAGAUCGUUUUUAAUUGAUUGCUUUUGUUUGUUUGUUUGUUUGUCGAGCGCACUUGAUCUGUUCUUUUGGAGCGAGAGUGUGAAAGGACCUUAAACGAGUGGAAAAAUAAUUCCACUCCAAAGUGUUUCGUGGAUCAGAGGGCGAGAGUGGUGAAAGACCUCGUGUGCUGUGGGGGGAAAAGUGUCAACGAAAAAAAAAAAAACGGUUUACAACCCACAGAGCAAAUCUUACACAGGACGUGGAUGUAUCUUCUGCGCGUGAAUCGAAUAGAGCUUGUAAUCGGCCGCGUGUUUUUGUUCGAGAAGAGCCGUCCUUGUUUUUAUUGGUUCUCUGUGUAUCUGUGCGUGUGUGUCUGUGUGUAUCGUAAGUGUGUUUGAAGGAGAGCAGUGCUCGGGGAGAGCAGCCUGAGCGGGAUUGCGUUCGGGAGCGCUUCUUCAAUCAAGGCUCGUUAGUCGGCAUCGCGUCCCACCCCACCCUUGGCCCUUGUCGACGCAUCUCAUUACACACUCACACAGCACGCCACCCACCCGCCAUCAUCGGCCUCUGCGUCUCUCUGUGUGCCUGUGUGCCACGCGAAAAGGAACCGAGCUGACCUACACUACGGCGCGGUGCAGCACGUCCCGUAUCAACUAUCAACGCUUGACUCUGCUAUCAAAAGAGCAACGCCCUGGACAACACGUACGAAAUCAUGGAGCCAGAGAACCAGGCCCAGCAGUACGGCGAGGUGAACCAGCUCGGCGGCGUGUUCGUGAACGGGCGGCCCCUGCCGAACAGUACGCGCAUGCGGAUCGUCGAGCUGGCCCGGCUCGGCAUCCGGCCGUGCGACAUCUCGCGCCAGCUGCGCGUCAGCCACGGCUGCGUGUCGAAGAUACUGGCCCGCUACCACGAGACCGGCUCGAUACUUCCGGGCGCGAUCGGCGGCUCGAAGCCGCGCGUCACCACGCCCAAGGUGGUGACGUACAUCCGCGAGCUGAAGCAGAAGGAUCCGGGCAUCUUCGCGUGGGAAAUCCGGGACCGGCUGCUGUCGGACGGCGUGUGCGACAAGAACAACGUGCCGAGCGUCAGCUCCAUCUCGCGCAUCCUGCGCAACAAGCUCGGCAACCUGGCCCACCACCACCACCACCCGCACCAUCCGCACCAUCCGCACGCGGGCACGGGCGGCGGCGGGGCCCACACGCCGCACGCGCCCGCCCACCUGUACAACUCGAUCUAUCCCUCCUACCCGUACGCGGCCAGCACGCUCAAGUCGGAGAUGUCGUGCGGGGGCAGCCCGUCCCCGCCGACCGGCGCGACCCCGAUCCGCAGCCCGCACGCCCACUGCCCCUGGCCGUCGUCCCACUCCGUCACCGACAUACUGGCGAACGUGCACCAUCAGGCGACGGUGGCGGCCCUGCGCAACGGCGGCACGCCCACCUCCCAGUGCCACACGACCCCACCGCCCACCUCGGUCGGUGCGGCUGCUGCUGCCGCCGCCGCCGCCGGCAAUGCGGCGGUCGCGAUGCACCAGCACCACCAUCACCAUCACCACCACCAGAUGCAGGAGUCGGUGUCGCCCCAGUCGCCCAACUCGUACAACUACUACAUGUACCUGCAGAGUGGCGGCAUGCAUCACGGCGGGCUGGCGAGCGCGUCCGGCCUAUAGGUUCCCUUCCCGGGAGCGUCCUUCGGAGAGCACUGAGAGCGAGAGAGCGAGAGAGCCUCACCCAUCCCCACUAGCUGCUGCGCGUCACGAGAUCCUUCCGGCGGCUGCGUUGCUCCGAGCAUGCCGUCAUCAACACCACGUGGGGCUGCAGGACACGACAAACUAGCUUGCUAAGUUUUAAUCGAUUAGUCACACCAAACCGCUUAACCUAACACGCGCUAACUUAUCCGUAAGGUACUUUUCACUGUGUAAUUGUUUGUAAUUGUACUUGUGGGCGUGUGUUUGUGUGUGUGGAUUUUAGUUUUUACCCAUCCGGCCGGUGCGGGUUUACGCCUGGGUUGAGUUUCGGUCCUGUCUUUAUGGCGUAGUCUUGUAGGCCAGGUUGGGACGGAAGUGAUUUGUUUAGUUGCGUUUUUUUUUGUUUUGUCAAUUGUAAGCCUCAGUUGCCAUCUUACCCCCAGUUCAGAGUACAGCAAAAAUAGUUUCUUUUGCAGUUUUUAAACACUUUUAUGAGUAAUAAUUGAAAAACCAAGUUUCUAAAUUUUCCGUUCUUUCAAACCCCACCUAUCUCCGAAGAAGGGGAGGAAAACGAAUCACUUUAAAUCGUUCAGUGGUAGAAGCAGAAGCAGAGAAAACAAAAGUGAAGCAGUGGCAGAGAACAAGAAAGUAACAAAACAAUG